AAAUCGAGGCUGUAUUUAUAAGCGAUUACCGAUCAAUUUUCCGACUUGAAGUGGUCGAAAAACUUAUAUAUACAUUGGGAGCAAACCCUCAUUUCUCAACUCUCUCUUCCCCACCUCUCACUUUUUCUCUACUAUUUCCUUGCCGAUUCACCUCUUUCGACAGCCAAAGAAAGCCGUCCAGCCGCGCCACCGUUCACGGCGGCACCACCGCUCAGUUGAGAUGGCAUCUCAGGAAAACGAUCGUCCACAAAGUGCUAAUGUAGUGAAACGUAAAUCUAAGGGAAAGAAAAAAGUUUCUGAGACUACGGGUUACACUACCUCUCCACUUGCAGGUACACAGAGUCAAAAUAUUGGAGAGGUUGGAACGCUGGAUGCUUCGCGGAGGCUGAUUAUCACUCCUGCUGAGACUAUUGGGUUUUUGCCCUCCACCCAAUCUCUAACUGCGAUUAUGGAUUCCAUUAAAUCAUUUUAUCGUGACACUUGGACUUCCUGGGGAGAGAUACCUGUGUAUGACAGAGAACAAAUGUGGAAUCACUUUAAGACUAAUUGCGCAUGGCAUCCCCAACAUGAUUAUGUAACAUUUUAUAAUUAUGGGAGAAUCGCUGCUUUUAUGCUUAAUGAUUGCUUGCGGUGUGCUCGGGAAAUGAGUCAGAAGCCCGAUUGGAUGCUAGAAGGUAUAUGGGCUAGACUUAAUGAAAAGUGGACCACUGAGAAAUUUCAAAAGACGAGCAUCCAACAUGUUGUGAAAAAGAAGAAGGAUGGUCGUAGUACUUUGGUCGAGCCAUAUGUUGAGACAAAUGUUGGGUUAAAUGAAUGGCGUCAAAGUCAACCUACUUCUGAGGAUGAUAGCUCAAACCAAUCGCCAGACGAUGAUGAAGCUUCAAUAUUGUCGAAGAAGAUUGGUGGAGUAAAGAAAAGUAAAGUAAGCGGCCUUGGAUCAGAGCAUUGCGUAGGCUGUAUCACGUAUGGAUAUACUGCUGCUUCUUUAAGUUCUCCGUUGAAACAGAAUGAGGAAGAGAUAGAUUCAUUGCAGAUACAAGUACAAGAGUUGUUGAAAAAACAAAAAGCAGACCGUUUAAGACUUGCUGGAUUGGAGAAUCUAGUUCGUCAUCUCUUAGACGAAUGCUGAUAUGACGAGUCUGACGAUGAGUCCUGAUGGGGAGAAUUAGUUUGUUGUGCUUGUGAUGUUAAAACAUUUACUUGUUUGAUUUCGUUGGGAUACUACCUCAAUGGUGUCUGAAUGUCUAGACUUGCUUUUAGAUGUCACUUGAAUUGUGUUUGGAUGUUUUGGACUUGCUUUUGGAUGCUAUACCUGAAUGCUGUUUGGAUGUUUCAGUUAUAAGCGUUUAUGUUUAAUGCUUUGA